AGCCUGUUGAUAGGAGUAAAUACAGCCGUUCCGACCCACAACCAUUAUUAUAAUACAUCAGAGGUCUUUGUUCGAUCAUUAAAACUACUCAGAAAUAAAUGGACAUGCACCAACAAGCAGGUCAAAGGGAAGAGCAGGAGGAGGUGACUGGACUGGUUUGUCAGGAAUCUGAGCUCCAAGAUGGACAAAUGAAGGAGGUGACUGUGGAGGGUCAGAAGGUGCUGCUGGUCCGUACUCAGGGUCUGUACAGCGCUGUUGGGAGCAGGUGCUCUCAUUACAGUGCGCCUCUAAUUAAAGGAGCACUGGUUGGAGACCGAGUGAGAUGUCCUUUUCACGGAGCCUGCUUCAACGUGAAAACUGGAGACAUCGAGGAUUAUCCGGGCCUGGACUGCAUACCCAGUUAUAAGGUCAAGGUUGAGAAAGGCAAUGUUUAUGUCACCAUAAACAAAAAGUCUCUGAAUUUAAGCAGGCAGGUGAAGGAGAUGUGCGCAGUUCAGCCUGGCACCAAACAAAUGAUUCUGCUGAUAGGAGGAGGCCCUGCCUCUCUGGUUUGUGCCGAGACGCUUCGGCAAAACGGCUACCAGGGUCGCAUCGUCGUCAUAACCAAAGACAGCCUGCCUCCGUUUGACAAACCCAAACUCAGUAAAGCGAUGAACGUGGAAAGCGGCAGCAUCCUCCUCCGCUCAUCUGACUUCUACCAACAGCAUGGCAUAGAAAUAAGGACGGGGAAGGAGGUGAUGUCUGUGCACCCAGCCGAUAAGUUGGUAAUGAUGAACGAUGGCACCUCGGAACAUUACGACCAGCUCCUCAUCGCAAGCGGCUGCAGAGCUCGUCCAUUAAGCUGUCCUGGUUCAGACUUGGGAGGAGUCCAUUUGCUGCAGAGCUAUGAAGAUGCCAAAAACAUUCAUGCCUCUUCCCUCAACAAAAAGGCUGUUGUACUUGGAGCAUCCUUUAUAGGCAUGGAGGUGGCAUCAUACCUGUCUGAUAAAGCUGCCAGUGUAGCUCUGGUUGGCACCACCUCGUACCCAUUUGAGAAGUCUCUGGGGCCAGAAAUUGGCAAGAUGGCGAUGGAAAUGUUGGAGGAAAAAAAAGUGAAGUUCUACAUGAAAGACCGAGUGACUGAGCUCAGAGGAGAGAACGGAAAGGUGAAGCAGGUGGUGCUGGACAGUGGAGCCGUGCUGGAGGCUGACGUGGUGGUUGCUGGAAUUGGUGUUAUCCCAAAUUCUGACUUUUUAGCAGGAAGUGAGGUUGCUGUGGAUUCUCGAAAAGCUGUGAUUGUUGACAAGUUCAUGAGGACUAAUGCAGCAGAUAUUUUCGGUGCUGGAGAUGUUACUUCCUUCCCUCUGAGCAUCCGUGGCGACCAGCGUGUCAACAUCGGUCACUGGCAAAUGUCCCAUGCUCACGGAAGAGUAGCAGCUCUAAAUAUGCUGAAGAAACCAACAGCAGUGAAGUCUGUACCUUUCUUCUGGUCUGCCUUUGCUGGGAAGAGCAUCAGAUAUGCAGGCUACGGGGAGGGAUACACAGAAAUCAUUUUCAAAGGCAAAGUGGAAGAACGGACGUUCCUGGCAUUUUAUAUAAAAGAUGGUGAGGUGGUGGCUGCUGCCAGCCUGGCCUUCGAUCCUGCUGUGGCUCAGAUCGCUGAGCUGAUGGCUCAGGGCCAAACCAUAACAAAGGAACAAGCUCUAUCUGAUGACCUGAGCUGGCUGCAGAUGUGA